CGCACGUCACAUGACUCGUAAAUGGCAACUUUCAGAAGGCCUCCUCCGACGACACUUGCAGGGGAUACUUUCCGAUAGAAGAUAUAUGAAAAGAGUUGGACAUAUCAGGCUUUGUCCUAAUUGAAGAGUGAGGCGAGAGAGUUGUCCACCAUUAAAAUGGAGACAGGCGCGCCAGCGUGUCGGGAGACCACGCCCCUGCUGCUGGAUGCUAAGAAGGAGAAUGUGAAGCUGUCUGGCAAUGCUUCUGCUGUUCCACCGCCCCCCAUCAUUGGCAGGACCCCGUCAAAUGACCCAGCUCUACCUGUCAUUCAAGUCGAAGUCGAGAGCCAUUCCUACCAAGUGCAGUCUCAAAUUCCAGUUGAGGACAGUCGAGCAAUGAUGGAAAACGCCACAAGCAACUUGCAGAGCCUCAUGCAUCUCCUCAAGGGAAACAUCGGGACAGGAAUCCUGGCCAUGCCGAUCGCUGUGAAGAAUGCAGGAUUGUGGACGGGGACAAUUGGCCUCCUGCUGAUUGGGGUGGUGGCCAUCCACUGUAUGCAUCUGCUGGUCAAGUGCAGCCAUCUCCUCUGUCGCAGAACAUCAAGUAUAGCAUUAGAUUAUGCAGAUGUCGCCGAGAUUUGCCUUAAAACUGGACCACAACGACUUCGUAGGUUUUCCACAGCCUCCAGAUACCUUGUCAACACCAUGCUCAUGCUGACCCAGUUUGGCUUCUGUUCCGUCUAUAUUGUCUUCGUCGCCACCACAAUACAACAGGUAAUUCACCACUUCCACCCGGAGGACCCCAACAUUCGAGUGUACGAGGUGAUCGUCAUGGUGCUACUCGUGCCGUACACAUUCGUGAAGAAUCUCCGAGCCCUCGCUCCCUUCUCCGCCUUCGCCAACCUCCUCACCAUCACCGGCCUCACCAUCAUCUUCGUCUACAUUGUUCAGGGUCUGCCUAGUGUGGAGUCCAGGCCAGCCUUCUCUUCCUUUGAGCAGCUCCCACUCUACUUUGGCACAGCAAUAUUUGCCUACGAGGGCAUUAGUUUGGUGCUUCCUCUAGAGAACAAGAUGCGGAACCCUCAGGACUUCGCCGGGUGGACGGGCGUAUUGAACCUGGGCAUGGUGAUCGUUACAAGUCUCUACACAGCCGUCGGCUUCUAUGGCUACCUCAAAUACGGAGACGAAGCUAAGGGCAGCAUAACACUGAACCUGCCAACCGAUGACUGGCUGUACUUGUCAGUGAAGCUCAUGUUUGCAAUAUCCAUCUUCAUAUCGUAUGGUGUGCAGUUCUAUGUGCCCAUGAAGAUCAUCUGGCCGGUCAUUGAGUCCCACCUUGUGUCGCGGAGACUCAUCGUCUACGGCGAGUAUCUGCUGAGGAUAGUUCUUGUGCUCAUCACAUUUGGAUUUGCCAUCCUCAUCCCUCAUCUUGACCUCCUCAUCUCGCUGAUCGGGGCCUUUGCCAGCUGCUCGCUUGCUUUGAUUUUCCCAGCAUUCAUUGAGAUCAUCACAUACUCAGGCGAGGAUGAAUCAAUAUCCAAGCUGAUGUUUGUCAAGAACAUGCUCAUUAUGAUGUUUGGUGUUAUAGGUUUCGCUACAGGAACGUACAGUUCUCUAAAGGAAAUCAUUGCAACAUUUUGAUGUUGGUGGCUGCGUAUGUCUUAUUGUUAGUUUAUGUUUGUGACUCAGAGGACCAUGUUUUGUAUCAAAUGAUGUGAAUAGUUGUACUGAUGUAAUAUUCUGUCUGGCCUCCUUGCAAAAUAUUUGUAUAAAUGGCUCCCUCCUGUCUUAAGAGACAAUGACUUGUGGGAAAUGCUUUUGGAUGAAUUGAUGUUCUCAAUAACUUUGUGAUAUAAGGUUAAACCAAGUCCGUUGAAUGAAUGGCUCUUCGUCACAGUGUGGAGUUUAUUCACAAAUCGUGGUAUAUGUUCAGUUAGUAAUGCAUCUCAACAUAUAUUUUCCCAUUUUUCUGUUUUAUGUGAGAUUUUAAAUUUUUACCUGUAUUUCGUCUUUGCACGAAAGCUGAAAGCUGGGUCAUCUUAAGGUCAUUACUCAGUCAUUUUGUUUCAAAACUUUAAAGGAUAUUUGGUCUACAUGUAUGUGUUGUUUGUUGCAAAAAGAAAACUUUUGAACUCAUUUUAAAAUGAUCUCAAAAUGCAUUAUUAUGAGAGAUGUGAUGAUGCCAUCAUAUUUUGUUCACAUCAUGUUUUAGAGUGUUUCUCGCCCAAUUUUAUGCAGUAAAUACUACUUGAAUGUCAAUGCUGACAGCAAUUUUUGAGGAGUGGCUGUUUUGCCGACAUUUUAAACUACAUAUCCAGGUGAGCUGUUGUGCCAUGGCUUUGUGUUGUUGCUCAAUUUACCAUUAUGGAGGUUAUAAGUUGUCUAACAAAGACAUUUCAGUGUGCCAAAAUGAUGCAUAAUGUACUGGGUUGCUGCUACAGGACUGUCAUCCGUGAAUGUUCGUAAAUCUCUGGCCAUUUAUCCAAGACAUUACCCAAAAUAAUUUUUUUAUAUUUCUUCAUUAAUUCCCACACAACACUCUUAGUUCUUAGUUGUACAAUUUUCAUUGUCAGAUUAAAACCUUUUGCAUGAAAACAAGUAAGAUUACUUCGCAAGACAUUUUUUAAUCUUUGGUAGAGGUAAAACAGUUGAACAAGCUACCCGGUCCCUACAGGUACUCCUACCCUAGUUGGUAGAGACAUAUGACUAGGAGAGUUAACUUUCUUCUUCAUCGUCUCGGCCUCAGGUUGGUUACUUCCAAAGAAACAGGAAGUAUCAACAUUUAUUUCUGUACUUGCCACUACCUCCUUUAUUGUGUGGGUUUUGGUCAAGGUUGAAACUACCAAUAGUGUCAUUCAUCCAGAUUCACUCAUUCACCCUCAUGUCUUUUUUAUAACUGUAUUUUGUAGUUCUCAGUCAUGGUAAGUUGAAGUGAUAUGAUGUCAUGCAGGUGUAUUGUUGGGAACAAUCUGUUAUGACAUCAUUGUUCAUGGAAACUCAUGACAUCAUCGGAACAAUACGAUGACAUCAGUGAUAUUGUGUGUGUAAUGUCGACAUUCAGUCACCACCUUAGGACUCAUCAUUUGUCAUUCCUUGCAGCUCAGUACCUCUGAGUAUUCAUUCAUUUGUCUUAACUCAUUCAUUCACCAAGGGGGCGGUCGGGUAACCUGGUGGUUAAAGCGGUCGCUAGUCACAUCGAAGACCCGGGUUCGAUUCCCAACAUGGGUACCCCCGCUGUGAUAUUGCUGGAAUAUUGCUUAAAGCGGCG